AGCAUACUGCACUAAAACCCUAGUCCCUCUUCUUCUUCCUCUUUCUCUUCCAGCCGUCUUCGUGGUUACCGGAGAAUCCUCAACAGAGGUAUGGGAAGCGACGGUGAAGUAGAGAAGACUCCAUUAAAGGAGAAGGAGAGGAAGGUUGUCUCUCUGGCGCCCAUUGCCAAGCCCCUCGCUGGGAAGAAGCUCCAGAAACGCACUCUCAAGCUCAUUCAAAAAGCUGCUGCUCAGAAAUGCUUAAAGAGAGGGGUCAAAGAAGUGGUUAAAAGCAUAAGACGCGGAAACAGAGGAUUAUGCGUAAUAGCAGGUAACAUAUCUCCGAUCGAUGUGAUAACCCACCUUCCAAUCUUGUGCGAGGAGGCCGAGGUUCCUUACGUUUAUGUUCCGUCCAAAGAAGAUCUUGCACAAGCGGGCGCCACAAAGCGACCAACGUGCUGUGUAUUGGUCAUGACAAAACCGAUGAAGGGGCAGUUAGCGGCGGCGGACGAGGAGAAGCUCAAGUCUGAAUACGACCAAGUCAUUGGUGAUGUCAAGGAGCUCGCUUCUUCCGUUAUUUGAUUUGAUGAUGUGUUUUUAAUAACCCACUUAGCAUCAGCAAGCGUUUUAUGAUAUGAUAUGGUUGUCCACUUAAACGUCAUCAAUGUAUAAGAUGUUUUCCUUGCAUUGUUUUUAUUUUGGGCAUUUAAUUUAAGCUUUUUGUAGCUAAAUGUAAAUCUUGAAUUUCUUGAUAUGGGGUUUG